AAAUGCAUUGAUCUAUCCGACAAGUCAUAGAAGAACUCUCUCAGUCUCUCUCUCUCUCCCUCCCUCACAUACAACACGCACAAACAGCAAUAAAAACGCAGAAGUUUUGUCUUCCUCUGGAUAUGCAUAAAUAGGAGCCUGUACUCUGCUUACAAUCAGUUUACAAGUCAUAGUUGAUCCUUCCUCCUCUUUCUGUCCGAAAACACACACAACACACAGUCAAGAAAGAGUUUAUGGCGGAGGCAUCAGAAGCUAAUGGCAAUCAUGGGGUGGCUUUGGACGUUAAAGAUGAGGAUUUGAGUUACAAAGAUGGGAAGAAUUCAGCAUCCAAAACCGUUUCUGAUACUUCUGGCUUCCUUCUCACCGUCCCUUUUAUGCAAAAGUUGAUAGCAGAGAUAGCAGGCACAUAUUUCUUGAUAUUUGCCGGUUGCGGUGCGGUGGUGAUUAAUGCAGUCAGGAACAAUACAAUUACGGCUCCAGGGAUAUCAAUUGUGUGGGGGCUGGCGGUGAUGGUGGUUGUUUACGCAGUUGGCCACAUCUCCGGUGCACAUUUAAAUCCGGCUGUAACCAUUGCUUUUGCGACCUGCAAAAGGUUCCCGUGGAAACAGGUAGUUUAAUUAACCGAUUUAUGU